AUGACUCCAAACACAAACUUGCCAGAAGAGGGACGGGAGCAGCGGGACAGCGAACUUACCAGUGUAGAGGACAUACGGGGCGCACCUGGGUCCGGGCGAUCCCAGAACAUACAGGAGGUGGCCUUAUGGAGGGAACACGGGGCGGCGGUACUCAGUACGCUCAACGCACUGGGUAAACCGUUCCGGAUAAAGCGCAAUAUAGGACAGUUUGUGCAGUUACGGUCUUCUGUACUUGGACAGAUCAAGCGCGAUAUAGGACCGUUUGUGCAGUUACGUCCUACGAGCGUGUUCUCAUACGAAGAGCAGCCCAUCUCCGUGAAGUCCUGUAUCGUAGACAUUGCCCACAGCUACCCCAAGCGCAAGAACGUGUUCCGACUGAAGACGUACAAUGGGUCGGAGUACCUGCUCCAGGCAGAUGACCAGAUGGACAUGCUUGUCUGGAUACGACACAUCAGCGCCAACAAUAAUCCAGACCUUGACGCCAAUGGUGUUACAAACGCCGAGCUGAUUAUCCGCAAGAGCCAGGAGCUUACCGAGUCUGGACCAACCCUGGGGAACAACACGUCCCCAACCCCCGCCCAUAAGAUCACCAAGAAACUCUCUGUUAACAAACAGAAGGUGCCGCAGUCACCCAGCAUCAAGAGGCGCAAGACAGUGUCCGGGGAUAAACUUGAGGACACCGGGAAGCCGAAGACGUGGAAGGGUAAGCUAGGGAAGAGCAUUAAGAAGCACAUGGGCUCGAGUUCGUCCACCGGGCAAAUUGCAGUCGUACCUGAGACCGGAGGGAUGUUCGGGGUGCCAUUGGAGGACUGUCUGCCCUCACCCAACAAUGAGUUUGUGCCCCUCAUAGUGGACCUAUGUAUCCAGAUAGUUGAGGCACGUGGACUGGAGAUGACUGGUGUCUACCGUAUCCCUGGUAACAAGGCAGCCGUAACCAUACUACAAGAAGAAUUCAACAAGGGUAUCGACUGUAUGAACCUGGAGCAUGAGAAGUGGUGUGACGUGAACGUGAUCAGUUCUCUUCUGAAGUCUUUCUUCCGCCAGCUUCCCGAGCCACUAAUUCCCGAUGACCUGUACCAGCCAUUCAUCGAUGCAAGCCGUAAUAAGGACCCGGAGAAGCGCAUGUUGAAGCUGAAGGCACUCAUACACAAACUGCCGGAGCACCAUCUAGAGACGUUCAAACACCUUGCGCGACACCUGAACCGCGUAGCCCAGUACGCCGACGUCAACAGGAUGCAGGCCAAGAACCUUGCUAUCGUGUUUGGGCCAACAUUGAUCCGCAAGGCCGACGACAACAUGGUAGCCAUGGUGACAGACAUGUCGGACCACUGCAAGAUCAUAGAAAGCAUUAUUCUCCAUUGUGAGUGGAUCUUCGGCUCCUGGGACAUGGACAGCAGCGUCCCCACAGAUGACGAGGCUGCAGAGUGCAUGUCCUUGGUGUCAGCGCCCUCCAGCAGUAACAUGAGAGAGGAGGCCGAGUUAAACCCACGUGAGAUUGUUUCAAGUAUUGUCUCAGCAGCCAAUCGAAAACUUCGGGGUGAAAGCCCAGCUCGCGUCUUGCCGCCGGACAAACGAAGCGUGUCCGUGUCAGACCCACCCCUUGGCUACAACGAGCGAAACAUAGACAAUGAGAUUCUCAUUAGGACGCAAAAGAUCGACACAACAUCCCGCAGCAGCCCGAAUCUAGCAGCCAUGCAGCAUAGCACAGACCUGCUGAAACCAUUACCGGAUCUACCAGACAGACGCAUGGCAAAGUCCCAAGACUUUGUAGACCGCGAAUUUUCUGACUUCGAUUUCAUCGACUCGGAGAAAGAAAAAUCGGUGGCUUUUCUUACGCCGAUGACGCAGUAUUUUUCGGACGAGUCUCUACUGGACCGAAAUGACGAGUUGGAGCUCUCCCACGGCAGCACAUCACUCCACGGGAGUUUUAGCCGACUCCGACGUGAGACGAUCGACAGUCUGAGGCGCAUUGAGCUGGAGGCGCGUGCCAUUCGGGAACGGGAAGAACGGGAAGAGCGCCGACAGCGCGAGGAAAAGAAGCGUCAACUUGAGCGGCAAAGAAUUGAGGCAGAUAUCCUGCAGACGCAGCGUGAGCUAGAGAUUGAGGACAGGCAUAGCGUGGAAGAUCUGCUCCAAGCAACAACUGGAUAUUCACUGAGUCUGCACCCACACGGAGACACGCCAGAAGAAUCGGGUAGAACCAAACGGUACGGUGGUAGAGACUCACACAGGAGUGAUAAGCAUAUUGUUGUGAAGAGUAAUGCUGGUUCUAACUAUCGGUCAGCGCGGCAGCCCCGACAGACGAGCGCAGGGUCGCUGUCAUCGCAAGCGAAACGAACGGGCUCAGUGGAAAAUAUGGCGGACGGACACAGCUUUCCAAGUGCUAUUAACCGCCCCACCGCCCAGGUGAAGGCUCAGUCUAAGAGGGACUCAGCAGAGAUAAAGCGGCGAAGUGCGGGUUUAACCCGGACAGGUUCAGUGCGGCGCGGUUCUCUGGAUUCCCUGAUUGACUUGCUGGAGAGGCGGGACAACCGUAUGUCCUGGGCUUCCACAGACUCCGAUGAGGGAUUUGAUUUGCUAGCUACGCUAACCUCGACUUUCGAUAAGAAAUUGCAAACAUUAUUCAGUGCUAAAAUGUCCAAUUGUGCAUCAUCAUCAAAGCCUCCUAGGUGGGGUCUGAAUUCAAAUGGUGGCAGUGUAAGUAAUGGCGCUGUACCUGAUGCAGGCGAUUCCCCGGCAGCUCAGACGGCGCAGCACCGACUCCCUCCACAGCCUCCCCUGUCCCACUUAUCUCGGCAAGCAGCCAUGCAGGCAGAUAAUCAGGGUCAAGGAAAGCAGUACAGAGAUCCCAGCCUACACAGGACGCCACCGAAAUCGGACGCGAAGAUAGGAUUGGCGACCAGAUUUGAGAGAAGCACCACUCACAAUCCUCUCUAUGAAGGCCACAGUGAGCCAAGUCUUAACCUUCUGGUUCGGUCAGGUAGCAACAAUAGUGGUAUCAACCUGCACAGUGAUGUUACAUACUCGGCUGAUAGCGCUGUUGUCCAAGGGGUUGCUUCUAGGGGGAUGGAACGUUCUGAGAGUAACGUUGUAAUCCAAGGGGUUGCUUCCAGGGGGAUGGAACGUUCCGAGAGUAGUGCUUCAAUUCAUGGGGCUGCUUCUAGGGGGAUUGAAAGGUCCGAGAGUGAUUCAAGGGUUGCCUCAGUCAUGGUCGUGAUUUCCAGUCCAUCGAUAAUGUCUGCUGACAGCAGCGGUCGCAUGGCAAUACAGCAACACGUCUCUAAACCUCUCACUGCAUACCAGUCACCGCUAAAGUCGUUCUUAAACUGGCAGAAUGACGGUCUCCAUGGUGACCCCUUAAGGACAGAAACCCCACCAAAACGUCCAGACUACCGGCCCAUUACAAAAUCAGAAAAGACAGAAGUGAAUGUGAGACUAUCUCAGAGCUUAGAGAAAAACAGAGCAGCCGAGGAAUCUGACGCUGCCAGUCGUGGACCGGUCAGUGAGAGUGUGCCAAAAACUCGGUCUGCAUCGCCGCCUGUAUUCGGUAGGAAACGAAACGAGCAGUGUAAACGUCGUCGCCAUACAGUGGGUGGUACAAGUGAUAGCAAUAAUAUUUUAGCAAUGGACGCCGCCUUGUCAAACGUGAAACGACAGUCGGCUUGGGAGCAACUGCGACCGAACGUUGGUGCCAACGUUGUGCCUCACGCAAACAUGCAGUCGUGGCUGCAGGCUGAGCGACUCAGGGGAAGUUCACCUGAUCUGUCGUCCCUCAGGGAUAGGGGAAACAGACAGGCUACAUCCUGACCUUGAACUUUAGUAUUUACCAUGUUUUGACCUUAACUAUUGACCUUGGUUUUUACUUUGAAAAUAAAUCUUGGUUGGGGUUUGAGCUGUGCUUGACCUUGAGGGAUUUGAUGCUAUGUUUGUUCAUUGACAUUGGAGUGUUUAGGAUUAUGUGUAUAGACAGAAGUUCAAAAUGUCGCAAUUCUGAUAAAGAGUAUUCAACUGCAAUAUGUUUGUUAAGAACGUGAAACUUUGUGAACUUGAUGUCGUUGACAUGAACUUAUAUUGACACAGAGACUCAAAUACAAUCAUUGAUUAAUUAGCUAUUGAUUUUGUUAGACACUAUUUUAUUGAAUGUUGAUUAAUGCAUUGUUGAUAUAGGUAUGUACAUUUUAUUUGACUUUUUUUACUGCAAACUGUUUAACCUUUGAACUGUUUAUUUAAAACUUGAUUGUUAAAUCCCCCAAACUGCCGCUGUUAAAAUACUCAAGAGAUAGAAACCAUGUUCUGUCAAAUCAUUAUAACUCUUUGGACAUGAUUUUUUUCCAUUGAUUUCGUGAGUUGAUCAAUCCGCGAAUUUAUCACAAACACAUCGGAAAAUGACCAACGCAAAUUCCUGAUUCUUUUUUUUACUAAAAUAAAAAAACAUGAAAUUAUGUGUCUGCAAAAGCCUUUUUUUAUAAAUAACGUUAUUUCUUGCCAACGAAUAUAAACUAUUUGGCAGCAUUCCAAAACCGGUUGGUACUGGAAUACAAAUUGCUACGGUAUUUAUCGAUAUAUCCUUACAUUGAGUAGUUUCCGCCAUUAAAGAAACCCCUCCCCCCAUUGCACCCCACCCACCCCUUUUUGCCAACUUUCCUUGUACUUGCAAUAUUUUUUAUUUGACUGAAACUUAUAGAUAUUUGUUAAAUAGAGUUGCAGAUAUUGUAUUUUAAGACAGCAUGUGCAUGCAUGCAAAUUAGAGACGAUAGGUAAUCAUUUAUUCAUUCGUGUAUACUAUUUAAUACAUUAUUAUAGUUGUAUUGUACGGUUGUUUUAACAAGAGUUGUUUCCCUUUAAUGUACAUUUUAUAUUGUAUGUGUACAUUUUUAACAAUGAUAAAUUAAACAUGAUUUUUCAAA